AUGCCUAACACUUCUACAUUAAACCUUCCAUCACUAGCAUUAGAAGAAAUCUUUGAAAUUUUAGCAAAUGAUACUAAAACGCUUUAUUCUUGCAUACAAGUAAAUUCCAAAUGGUUUUAUAAAGCAUCUCCUUUAUUGUGGUAUGAUCCAUUUUCAAAUAAAACAAAGCCACACCUUGCUAUCGGAACUUAUAUACAAGAAAUGUCUCUUCAAGAAAACCAAAUUAUCAAAAAACAUUUCAACAUUUCAAGAUUUGAAUUUAACUCAUUGUUACCAUAUUCUUCAUUUUUGCGAUUAUUUCAUAUAAAUAACUUCAUGGAUGCUGUGAUAAAUUUUUGGCAAAAUUUUUGUAAAAAUAUUCAAGAUUAUGUGAUCAAAAUGAUUUCUAAUCUUCUUAUUCAAUUAAUGUUAAAUAAAUCUACUAAAAUUCAACAAUUUAAAUUCAUAGAUUUAUACUUUUUUAUUUAUCCAGAGUUAGACAAUUCACUUGUAAAAUUAGUUGAAAUCCAGAAUGGAUUAAACCACUUUUCACUUACAAACACUUAUAAUAAUAAUAUUACAUAUUUUUUAAAUGCUCUACAAUAUCAAUCACACUCUCUUUCAUAUUUAGAAUUUAAUUCUGUUGAAUUUAUACAACUUUCUUUAAUUGGCUUUAUAAAAAAGUGUCAAUCACUUUCAAAAUUAGCUAUUUUCAAUUGUUUAUUUGAAAACGAAGGUGAUCAAAAUAAUUUAAUAGACCAAAUUCCCAUCAAACAACUUGUUAUUUUAUUUUGCAAUUCAAGUUUAGAAACCUUUAAAAUUAUAGGUCCGCGCUGUAUAUAUAAAAUUGUGAAAAUUUUAGAAAUAAUUUCUUGGGCUCCAAGCUCGCAAUAUUUGGUAUUGUAUCAAAAUCAUUUUGUUGUUAAUUUAAAAAGUAUGAAAUUAGGAGAUUACCUAGAAAAACUAGCUAAAUCGUUACCCCUGAAUAUGAAAGUAAUUAAAAUAUGGAUGAUUUUGCAAGGUUAUGAAGAAGAAGUAAAUUUAGAUGAUUUAUGUAGAUUUUUUAGUAAUAUUAAUUUCAGACGCUUAUUUGUUCUUUUAGAAAUUGCUAUUCCUUAUAAUUCGCAAGUGGUUUCUAAAAGUAUUCAAUUUGAUGAAUUUGGAAAACCAGAAGAAAUCGAAAGCAAAAGUCUUAAAAGUUUUAGAAGUUAUAAUACUUCAUUCAAUAUAUUAUUUUAG